UUUUCGACGUCAGAACCUCUCAGUGGUGCGACGCACUGCCAUCAAGCGAAACACGGGAAACAUGUAACGCGCAAGUAGAAACAAUACACCAUUUUAUGUCAUGGUAUGUGAAGGUGUAUAGGAAUACGUCUUUCGUAGGUUAAAUCUGAUGCGUAAAAGAGCAGCAGAGAUAUUCGAAAAGACGCGAAACCUGCUGUGUAUAAAAGUGGGAGGAAAAUAAACUUUUGGAGGUGCUGAAAUGUUUUUGAUUCUAACAGAAGAGGCGAUUUGUGUUAGGGGUGGGGAUACAACUUAAGAAAGUGAAAGACGCUAUUCUGUAUCAAUGCUAAUUGACAGGCGCAACUUUAGGCGAUGGCGACCCAGACGGAAGAGAAAGCGCACAGUGACCUAACGAAUACGGGACAGUGAGCUAGGCCCAUGGCUGUACAAGCCAUUGAGACCCGCCCAACAAUCGAAUAAUAUCCCGGUGAACUUGGGGAAAGGGAAGAGAUUGGACAGCUAGCUUUACGCAGCGCAACGAGCUGAACAUAUACCCCGACUUCACUACAAGCAACUGAGAAGUGGAACUACGUCUGCUGUGCGUAAAUUGGAGACGACACGGCUUGUUAUGAUGAACAACGUUAUCUAAAGGACGGCGAUAAAGGUAAAUACAGCCAGUUGAUGUGGCCAAAGCACUCUGGCAAGCUACUCCUGCGGCAACACGGCUGCCUUAUUUCACAGCAAAGCAAGAGACGGAGGGAGUGAACAAUUUUGUCGUUUACAUUUUCAUAUCUACCUUUUAUCAGUAUGGGCGAGAAAGUCGACUCGAGACGAUCGACUCCAGUGGAGGGCUGUUUGGUCGACGGGGAGAGCAGCGACCUCAGCGUGCUGAACUGGGAACAAGUGCAGCGCCUGGACGCCAUCCUGGCUGGGUCCAUCCCCAUCCACGGCCGCUGGAACUUCCCAACCCUGGAGAUUAAACCGCGGGACAUAGUCAAAGUGGUCCGGUGUCGCAUGGAGGAGAAACGCAUACAUGUCCGGGAGGUCCGCCUGAACGGUUCCGCGGCCAGCCAUGUUCUCCACGAGGACAGCGGUUUGGGAUGGAAGGAUCUGGACCUGAUAUUCUGUGCCGACAUGAAAGGCGAACUAGAGUUUCAGACGGUGAAGGAUAUAGUUCUUGACGCUCUACUAGACUUCUUACCCGAGGGAGUGAACAAGGACAAGAUCACACCAGUGACCUUAAAGGAGGCCUAUGUGCAGAAGAUGGUGAAGGUAUGUAAUGACUCAGACCGCUGGAGUCUCAUCUCCCUCUCCAACAACAGAGGCAAGAAUGUGGAGUUAAAGUUUGUGGACUCUCUGCGUCGCCAGUUUGAGUUCAGUGUGGACUCCUUCCAGAUUCGCCUGGAUUCCCUUCUCCUCUUCUACGAGUGCUCCGAGCACCCCAUGGCAGCCACCUUCCACCCCACCAUCCUGGGAGAGAGCGUCUAUGGUGAUUUCUCCGCCGCCCUCGACCAUCUACGCAAACGCCUCAUCUGCACGCGGAGCCCUGAGGAGAUUCGCGGUGGUGGUCUACUGAAAUACUGCCAUCUGCUGGUCCGGGGUUUCUGUGCGGCUUCCGGACCCGAAAUGAAACUUCUGCAGCGCUACAUGUGCUCCAGGUUCUUCAUAGACUUCCCAGAGGUGGGCGAGCAGAGGAGGAAGCUGGAAUCCUACCUCCAGAACCACUUUGUGGGUCUCGAGGAUAGGAAAUAUGACUAUCUGGCCACUCUGCAUGGAGUAGUGCGGGAGAGCACAGUGUGCCUGAUGGGCCACGAGAGGAGACAGACACUGGGCCUCAUCUCCUCCCUGGCCCUUCGGGUCCUUGCCGAGCAGAACGUUAUCCCCAACACGGCCAACGUCACCUGCUACUACCAGCCGGCCCCUUACGUCGCAGAUGGCAACUUCAGCAACUACUACGUGGCCCAGGUGCAGCACGUUUACCCGCAUUACCCCCCUCAGCAUUACCCACCUCAGCAUUACCCACCUCAGCAGUACCCACCUCAGCAGUACCCACCUCAACAAUAUCCUCCGUCACAGUAUCCCCUUCCACACCAUCCACCUCCACACCACCCCAUGUACACUGCAUGGAUGCCCUGCAACUGAGUGUGUGUGGACACACACACAUACACACAGUCACUCAUGGAACGACAGCAUUCUCAUCCUAACGAAUGGAUAGAUUACAGCAUGAUCAUGGUUCCUCUCUGUAUUCUGAUAGAGAGAUAAAGAUAGGUGUAGUUUUGCUUUGGUUUCGAGCAGGAUGGAUGGGAGAGAAAAGGCCACUUGGAUGUGGUCAGACCCUGGAGAGAAGGUUUUCAUACAGGGCAGAAAGCCAGCUGUGGAGGAGAGGAGGGUAAAAAGAGGCGAGCCAGAAGAAUGCUGAUCUAAGAUGAUGCGGAGGUUGAAGCCAGGAGGCCAGUUUGUCCAUGGCUAUUUGCCAGGCACCUUGCUGAACAACCAAGCACCCCCACAGAGUGACAAGUAUAGGAACAUUUGGCUUAGGGCUAAAUACUACCUGUGUUGAUGCAGUGAAAUAAUGUACAUAACCACCGUGAUAGUGGUUAUGUUUUUGCAAGCAGUGACUUGUAUUUGAGACUCACGCUUGAAUGUACAUACACAGUAUACUGCCUAACACUCAUACAUGUAUACAAACACAGACACACUAUUAAACAUCUCACACCCCAGACAUUGCAUACAUUUACAUAGGCACACACUGAGUGUACGGUGAAAGAAAGUGAUCACAGAGAAUACAGGAAGUUGUGUACAUGUCCUGAUUGGUUGGCUAAUAAGACAGAGCGUUGACAUUUCUCUGACCAGUGAAAACAAGAAGUGUGAGAGUCUGACCGCAGACAAUGCAAAAGAAGAACUGGACAUAGUUUACAAACCAAAGAUCUAUCUUGUCGAUACCCACCAUUUGUCUGAUCAAGGGGGAAAAUAUGCAAUAUGUAUGUGAAUAUUUUGCUUUAAGUGCCUACAUGUCUAAAAGGAAGAAAUAGGUUGUUAUAUUUUGUCAAUAAACCCAGGCCUGUUCAUUUUAGACAAAGGACCAUGGGCCUUUUAAGGGUGAUAGUGUGUUACCUGUGUAAAUGAAUGUAUUUUGGACCAGAAAGGGACACAAUGUGGAAUUGUUAUUGAAGUAGAGGGACACGGUUGGGACCUUUGACUUGGUGUGUUUCAUAUCUCCCAACUCAAGAAAGUAUAAUUGGAUGACGAGAGGGAGAUGGGUUAGAGUGCAAAAGAAAGUAAGAGAGAGAAGGAGUUUACAAGGAGAGUAUGUCAACAGAGUACUGUAGGUGUUUUUACCAGUAGAGAGAGCAUCCUGAAAGUGUAUUUCGGAAAUAUCUUUUAGAGUGUGUAUGGGAAAUGUGUUUUUUCACAAGGUGGAAAUUGUCCUUUGCCAUUUUCUUCUUUGUGACAUUUCUAAUGUUUUAUUUGGGAGAGGUUUCCAUGUGACGUGAGAAAGGGGGAGCGUGAGCAUUUUCACCUGUGCGAUGUUUGCACCUGUAAUUUUUUAAGUAAUUAAACAUAAAAUAAAGAACAAAGUAAAGAUUAAGAGAAGGAUAACUAACAUCUCAAUAAAGGUAUUUUUUUAAAUGAUCUUGUAUUCCCCUUAUAAAGAUGUUGGGUGCAAACUUUGAGCAGGUGAAAAUAUUGUGUUAAACUAACCCUAUCAAUGCAGACACCUCACAUCAUUCUAUUAAACCUGUUCUUGGAUAUCUUAUUUUUGUAUCAAUCUCUAUUUUUUGUACAUGUUGUUCGGCUCAUGCCAUAGUUUCUUGAUUGCCUCGUUCCAAGAGGCUGUACAGAGAGUGUUAAUGCAGGUGUGCGUGUGUGUUUGCAUGUGUGGGAGAGUGUUAUUUCAAUAAAAUCUCUGGUUUUCCCCAAAUCCUGAUUGGAGAAUUCCCGGAAUCAGGAAGGAAUAAGCUGGAAAUCUCGACUCCUCCAACCAAGAGUUCUGGAAAAACAGGGAAUUUAUUGAAAGUUCCCAGAAUUUUGCAAACCUAAUGAUGGUAUUUAGUAUUUUAACCCAAUGUGUCUGGUUGGGACACGUGGGUGGUGUUGUCGGCAUGUAAGAAAGAGAAUGUCUUAGAGUCUUAUUGUUGUGUAAAUGUCUAUUUUGAUUGCCAUCCAAUAUGGGGUUGGUCAAAGAGUUGGAAAUAAUGUUUAAAGCAAGUGUCUAAGAUUAAAUACUUUUAUAAUUAAAUAGGAAGGAAAAUAA